CGUUUGCAGCUUUUCCUUGGAUGGGGAUCUUCGAGGCUGGGGAGCAAAAGGGAAAUCCUGUCCUCGGAGGCGCGUAGGAAAAAACAGCAUCUCCAUCUGUGUGUCACUGCGGCUGAGGGUCCCUGACUGCAGCAAUGCAAAUAUAAGAUGACUUUCUAAGCCAGGCUGGCAAAGCUGAUCCUCCCGAGCAUCUCUCUGCAAUGGCCUCAGGGAACAGCGGUGACCCACCGAGGGCCCAUGGACGCCGGGGGAGCAACGGGCACAGGCAGUCACAAGAGCUCAACUCAGAAGAUCAGGUGGCAGAGGAGACGGAGGAGGUGUUUCGGAGCUAUGCCUUCUACCGCUACCAACAGGAGAGAGAGGAGAGAGGGGAGGAGGUGCCCAUGGACCCAGAGAUCGUGGAGAUCCAGCAGGAGCUGGGCAGCACCGGGAGCCUGGUGGGAAGGCGCCUGGCCAUCAUCGGUGAUGACAUUAACGAGCGGUACGAUGCGGAGUUUCGCUACAUGCUGAAAUCCUUGCAGCCCACCAAGGAGAACGCCUAUGAGUACUUCACCAGAAUAGCCUCCAGCUUGUUCGAGAGCGGCAUUAACUGGGGCCGGGUGAUUGCGCUGCUGGGUUUUGGCUACCGCAUGGCCAUCCACGUCUACCAGCACGGCAUACCGGGUUUCCUCCGCCGGAUCGCCCGCUACGUCGCGGAAUUCAUGCUCCGAAACCGCAUCGCCCAGUGGAUCGCCCAGCAAGGAGGAUGGGUGGCUGCACUCGAGCUGGACAAUGUUUACAUGAAGUACAUGCUGGUGGUGGUGGCCCUGGUCAUGGUGGGGCAUUUAGUGGUACAACGCUUCUUCAGGCCCUAACUGAGACGGGGGCAGAGGCUGGGGGGGGGUCUGGCCAAGCGCUCUCUCAAAUCUCUGCUCUGCAUUGACGUCCCCCAAGAGAGGGGGGAUUCAAGGAACCUCCGAGAGAGAGAGCAGCUUGGACCUGUGACCCUCCCACCACAGGGCCUAGGGUCUCUGCCAUCUGUGCAGACACCCCUGGGGAGCUAUGGAGAGAAGCAGUGGGAGGGGGGAAGGUUCAACUCUGUUGUUUGUUUUAUGCCUCACUUAGCUGCUGAGGACAGAGCAUCACUGUGACGCUCCCGGCAUGCAGCAGUGAGGCAGAACAGCCUCCUCUGGGCUCACAGAGGUGGUGUGAUAAUGCCAGUGAGUGCGUGUGCGAGGGUCUCAUCCGCUCCCUGGGGCGGGUGCAGAGCUCCCCCUUCGCUGAUGGCUCUAGCCCAAACCCUGCCUGCAUUUGAAGAGGGAUUGCAGCCUUGGCUGCUGCAAGUGUUGUCUGUAAGUCACUGGAGGGGCAAGCCAGCAUUAGCCCGCGUGGGGCUUGCUUUCACCUUCCUUCUGUUCCUGAGCCUUCUCUUUCCUUUUAACAAGCAUCCCUACCCCUUUUUAAAAAAAACAAGCUGACUACCUGUCCUCUGACAAGCGAGGGUAACACCUGAUGGUGCUGGCAGGCAGGUUCUCCCUGCUGCAGCCUGAACCUGGAGCCCUGCAGCUCUCCCGUGGCUGAUGCAGCUGCUGGGGUGCAGCCUCACCCCCCCCACCCCCCACCCCCACGAGCUCAAAGGCUGCGUGCUGGCAGACCUAGGAAGCACCAGCAGGUUUUCAAACACUAAAAAGCUGCGGGGUGACUAAUGGUUGGUGUAUGCAGCCUGCCCGCCUGCCCUCCCUCCAGUUCUGCUGGGGAAUUUCCAUUCGAUAGAUUUGGAUGCUGGCAAACGAGUAGCCCAAGUGAGACCAGUUGGUCUCCCUUGCUCUCGGUGGGAAGCGCUGAAGUUACAUCCCAUCCCUGCAUCAGCUCUUUGCCUUCUGAGCUCAGCUGGGCAGGAUGGUGUGGGCAUGUACAGGAAUGCAGUGUUUUAUAGCUGCCCAGACAGCAGGGCCCAGCCUCUUCUGGGCACAGUGUCUUUGGGAAGUGACUUCACCUUGUUCUGUUUGUGACUAAUGCUUGAGCAUGACUUCUGGGGGAGGGAAGGAAGCAGGCUCCAUUCUCCCAUCUCAAAUCUUUCUGACUUUUGCAAAACAGGGAGAGCAUCCCAGCAUGGACCUCGUGGUUUAGCGCUGUUCUUUUUACUCCAGGUGACCCUGUAAGGCUUGAAACCAUGACUGGCCCUGUCUAAGCCAAACUCAUCCUUUUCUAGCAUCACUCACCUCCUAGAGCAGGUCAGCCAGCUGGGGAGGGAGCCAGAGGGACCUUGGAGGUAGGAAAUGAGCAGCGGGUCCUAUGUCUGGGCUCCUCUCCUAAUGCAGACAGAGCUCUUCUGGGCUGGAGAAUGGGACAAGGGGAGUCGCAGUAUUGUAGCCCUGAGCAGGCUGAGCCCCCCUGCCCUCUGGGGCAUCUCCCCGAUGGCUGGAGCAGGGAACUUGCCUGGUGUUGCUACCGCGAAACGAGCCGAGCGACCACAGCUGACAGAGCUCUGACUCAGGGAUCACCGAACCGGGGCAGAGCCCGGCUCGCCCGCAGCCCCGCCUGGUGUCACCCACCGCGAGAGCCCAAGGGGGGCAGAGCCCCUCAGAGCAGCCCAUCUGCAGCACAGGUGUUCCUGACACACAGCUAUCUAACCUGGUUUUAAAGCCCUCCAGUAUUGCCUCCCCAUAUUGCCGAUUCCUACAUUAAUCUUUACCUUCAGAUAUAUAUUUUUUUUUUUUCCCUCAACUUCUCUCCCUUGCUGCAGUUUAAGCUUGUUACUGCAUGUCCUGUCCAAGCACGGACAGGACACCUUGCAUCCUUUCUCUUUGCAGCUGCACAGGCUUAGCAGGACCAGCCAUAAUCUUACAUCCCUUAUUUAACAUAAGAAGAGCAACCUUUCUAGCCUAUUUCCAUAUCAGGGUCUUUCUGUGCUUAUCAUUUUGACCCUGACUCUUUCUGCAGUAUCCCUUUUCCUGGUGGAGUGCCCUGGACUGUGCUUAAUAGAAAGGCAUUAAAAUAUUUGCUAUAAUA